CACAAUGCCAAACUGCACAUAACAUUAUUCACAGUCUGGUUGAUCAAUCGAAUGAAACCAUUGGUAAAUAUGAUCUUUGCCCUUGACUCUAUAUCAGUAGGCUUCGAGUUCUAGUAACACACGGGCCUUUCAAGGUCAGCUACCUGUAGGGAGAGAGAGGCAUUGUAAACAAUAAUAUCUCGUGACACGAGUACCGUGGUACGUCAUAGUUUCGUUUUAGCACGUAUGCCCGCUAACUGCAUUUUUCCCCAAGCCAGAAGUAUGUACCCAACAUUUUAAAGGGGAGUGGCAGGUGGAGUGUAAAUACCGCAUUACGCAAUACCUGGAGUCCUAUCGGUAAUCAGCUGGACAAUAAAUAAACCCUGUACGUGGUUGUAAGGACACCGGACACAACUGACUACACACUAUUACAAGGAUUCCUAUAAAGACAGUGUGUUCCAAAACAGCGAUCAUCAUGUCAACAGUAAUUGCAUCAAACCCAAUGAUUCCGUACUCGGGGGUUAUCCCUGGUAAGAUGUGCCCGGGGAAAACGCUCUUUAUCCAGGGCUACGUGGAGCCUCAUGCUUCAAGAUUCACCGUGAAUCUGACCUGUGGUCUGAACCAGGCCCCAAUGGAUGACAUCGCCCUGGCUUUCAGCCCAUCCUACCAGCAAGGUUUGGUCGUUGUCAACCACUUAAAGAAACAGGUCUGGGGCCAGCCUCUGCAAGUCCAGAACGUUAUUCAGAAGGGGCAGAACUUUGAGAUGAUCAUUCUGUGUGAGGCUCAUCAGUUUAAGAUCGCAGUGAACGGAGUGCAUUUUAUCAGCUCUCCUCACUACAUCAAAAAGCUCCCCCGUAUCUCACAUAUCAUGAUUAAUGGUGAGCUGCGUGUGUAUAACAUACGCAUGGAAGGACCGGCUGCUCCCGCUGCUGCGAUGCCACCACAGCCCGGAUUCGCUUAUCCACCAACUGGACCUCAGUAUCCCCCUGCGCAGCCGCAGCCGCACUAUCCUCCUGCGCAGCCGCAGUACCCUCCUGCGCAGCCGCAGUACCCAAGCCAACCGCAGCCAGUCAACAAUCCGCCAGUGCCUUACUUAGCCAUGAUCCCAGGCGGUAUGAAAGACGGCAAGAUUAUUGUGGUCAAAGUCACAGUCAAACCAAAUCCACUGACAAGAUUUCAUGUAAAUUUGCAAUGCGGUAUGUCAACCAACCCCAGAAGUGACGUGGCACUGCAGUUUAACCCUCGUUUCCGUGAGCAGUACAUCAACUUGAACACACUGCGCAACACAAGAUGGGACGGAAAUGAAAUCAAACACCGCGGACACUUCCCCUUCCAUCCAAAUGGAACUUAUGAAAUCAUGUUCCUGUGUACCAAGCAAAUGUUCAAGGUAGCUUUGAAUGGCAGUCACCUACUGGAAUACCAGCACCGUUUGCCGUUUCAGAACAUCAGUGCAUUGGGCAUAGAAGGAGAUGUGAGAAUUACACAAAUCACGUUCAACUGAAACUCGUUUGGUUAUCUGUGACUCCAGGGUGGGCCUGUGGUAGAUUUCACAAAGAUUUAGGACUGGUCCUAGCUCAGGACUAGUCCUUUUAGAUAUUAACAACUUAAGGCUAGUCAUAAGUUAGGUCAAGUAUCUCGUCCUAACUCGAGAUAAGACUAGUCUUAACUCUUUGUAAAAUCCACCCCUGGUGGCAUAGCCUUUGUAAGGGUAUAAGGGUAUGUGGGGAAACUUUUCACCGACCUUUCUCCCGACAUCUCUGACUUCUAUGUUUACGUAGUAAUUGCCACAGGCAUGAUAUUCUUACUAUACUGUAGUCUGAUUUCAAAUUUAUUUUUUCUUAGAAAAAUCUGUGAAUAAAUA